CCGACGAAGUGCGCGCCGCGGAACACUCGCGUCACCAUUCUAGAGUAUCACGUGUCGCGCAAAUACUCUUAACUUUCGUACUAACUCAUAAAGUACCCCUUUCGUUGUCAAUUGGAUUAUUAACAAGAGUGAUCAGUUUGCAGCAUGUGAUUUAAAAUAGUAUUUAAUUGUUUGUCGCUUUAUUUGUUUUAAAAAUAACGCAUUUAUCGCAUAUGGUUUUAUGCGAAAUGAGUCAGUGUUCAAAAGAUUUAAAUUGUUUACAACAACAGCCGAGAUUGUGGAAUGUCUGUUAUUGAGGAUCGUGAAAUCGGAUAGAAAAGUUUUAAAAUAGAAUGCGACAUUGAAGUUGUUUGUUAUGGAAUAGGAGCUUUAUAGCGUCAUAUUGUGUUUGAAAACAUCUAUUUAUGUUAUGUAAAUAGAGCAUACAGUUGUAACCAACAUGAUUAGCAGCUGGAGUCGGCGACUAUUAUCAGUGGUGAGCGGAUUCGUUGUAAUAUGCGCGACCGCAACUGCGUAUACCACUGCCGCUACAGAAACUCAAACAGAUGCUUACGAAACGGAAGGUCCAAUCAUCGAUCCAUCUCUAAAAGAAAUAGUUUUAGAAAAAGGUCAAAAUUUUACAAUAAAAUGCAAAGGAUUCUCCGAAUUGGACUUUAAACAACAAGACAUACCCGAAGAAAUUGUUGGAUCGCUUUUUAACAAAAGUAUAACCACGGUAACAAAUUCAGACGAUAAAUAUAAAUACAAAACUGAACUCAACCUGUACAACGUCGAUCAAUUCGCAAUUGGUUACUAUGCUUGUUUCGAUAGCACUCUUAAGGCAGACGAUUUAUUAAACAAUUUAAUGGAGGAACCAAAAGAUACAGAACACGUCACAUACAUUUAUGUCUACGUUAAUGGCACAAAUAGCGUGUUCGCACCUAUGAGGGAAGUCGUAAAAACGGGAAACGGGUCAAAGGUCGUAAUAGAAUGUAGACCUACGACACCGGAUAUAAAAAUAACACUAACGGGGGACUUUGCAGACUAUGAGCAUUACGAUCCCAAAAUUGGUUUCACGGUCGAUAGCGAUUAUAUAUUAGAUCUCCCAAUAGUUCUUGUGACCUGUGACGCUAAGAAAGGAGAUCUCGAAGACUCAAAAGACGUAUUUGUACAUAAACUGACAAAUAUUCCACCGCCCCAACCACGUAUAAUUGGCGGUUUACAACACUUUCUGAGUGGCGAAACUUUUUCUCUAAAUUGUACAGUCGAGUAUCAAAGUAACUCGGCUUUGGCGUUAAGUUGGAGGACACCAAAUGUCGCAUCAAAGAUUCAACAUAAAACGAAUGAAAAUGAAACUACAGGUGGAAUAUUGUAUAACAAUAUAACGAUAUUCAACGCUAAUGUUGAAGACGCGGGAAAUUACACCUGCAUAUCAAAAAAUAGCUACGGACAGAACAUUGCUACGUUCAGAAAGUUAUAUUUAGAAACCGGUUUUAUUAAAUUUGAACUGGGUGGUAGAAAGAUUAACCCCACUGUAACGACUCAAAGGUCUAUGGCGUUUUUGUUUUUCUUAGAAGAUUAUCCAGUAGCUCGUAUUACUUGCUACUGUAACGACAAAGAAAUACAUCCGAAUACUGUUAAAUACGAUAUAACAAGACCUAUUCUGGGCCAGGUCAGACUGUAUAUACGAAAUUUAACAGUAACGGACACAGCAAACUAUACCUGUGUGGCAACCAACGAAUACGAUUCGAAGAAUAUUACUGUUGAUUUAAGAGUCAAAGCUGCUCCUGUAGUAGACUUUGGGACAUACGAUGAUAUCAAGUCCGUAGAGGGCACUAUUGCCAACUUAAAAUGCAAGGCAACAGGUUAUCCCACGCCAAACAUUGAGUGGAUAUUUAUCAGUGAAUCAGGCGAUCAACAAAUUUUAUCGCCAAGUGAUACUGUAUCAACGUUGAUUUCAACCACUUCAUAUGUUCAAAUACCGGUCCGUGUGUCUGGAAACAUCACGUGUAAGGCAAAAAAUGCUAUAAAUUCGGCUGCAAAAUCGAGAAAAUUUUUAGUACAAGAGCUUGUCGGUGGUUUCGGUAUCAAAGACAUCGAUCGAAAUUGGUUCUAUGAAAGUCAGAAUGUUGUUUUGACUUGUGUCGCAUCGAUAUACGAUUUUGCUAAUUUAACAUGGAUAGGUAUUGACGAUAUGGAAAUUUUAGAUUCCGUGGAAUUUUCAAACAAUUCGUUUUCUUACGUUGCAAAGUUAAAAUUAAAUAACAUAGCGCCGCAAAAUGCUGGCAACUACACAUGUAAUGCGGUGAGAAAUGAUAAUACUGAAGAAAGUCAAUCGAUAUAUAUUACAGUAGCAGCGAAACAACCGCCAAUUAUUACGGAACCUUUAAAGGAGAUGAAUGAAGAGGUGUACCCAUAUCAACCUCUGCAACUGACUUGCCAGGCCGAAGCCGUGCCACCACCACGCAUCGAAUGGUUUAAGGAUGGAAACCCCUUAUCGAACGCAACGAAUACUGAUAUAAUCACAGAGAUGUUGGACCACAGUAAAAUAAAUUCAAGUGUUGUAAUCAAACAAAUGCUCGAAGAGAACAAGGGAAAAUAUGAGUGCGUUGCUAUCAGCAAAGACGAAACUACCAGAGAAUAUUUUAAUAUUGCUAUUAAAGAAAAAUCUACCAACAAAGCGGCUUACUUGAGCGUAAUUGGAGGAAUAGUUUUCGUGUUGUUACUCUUGAUCGUUUAUCUCGUUUGGAAGAUACGCAAAGAGAAACAAUUCAGGAAGGAACUGGCGGCGGCUGGACUGUUGUACUUCAAAGAAGGAGUAACAAAGUCCUUAAACCCUGAUAUAGGCAUCGACGAGCAAGCUGAGCUUCUUCCCUAUGACGACAGAUUCGAAUUCCCAGCUGAGAAACUCCUUUUAGGUAAGCAGCUAGGUGCGGGCGCUUUCGGCGUCGUGUACAAGGCAGAGGCGCGUGGGAUAAUAAAUGCUGAAGAGACCACAGAAGUAGCGGUGAAAAUGGUUAAGAAGACCGCAGACAAUAUGUACAUUAAGGCUCUAGCAACUGAGCUGAAGAUAAUGGUACAUCUAGGAAAACAUGUCAAUAUUGUUAACCUCCUCGGAGCGUGUACCAAGAAUGUAGGAAAACGUGAGUUAAUAGUGAUAGUGGAAUACUGCAAAUUCGGCAACAUUCACAACUACCUGCAGAAACAUCGCGAGGUCUUCAUAGACCAGCUAACUGACAACAAGGAUAAGAAUCUCGGCAAAGUCAACAAAGGUUUCUCUUGCAGCAGCGGAAGUAGUGCGUUCCAUUCAGACUACUUCAGCUCCAAUCAUACGCAAGAAACCGAUAAUACAUUCCUAAACACUGGAAAUACCAACAGAUCUGGGAGAAAAGUAUCAGAGACGGGGUACGUGCAGCCGGAGUGGAGGUCUAACUACGAGAGUGAUUACAGCGAUGGCCGCGCUCCUCGGCCGCUGUUCUCGCGUGACCUGCUCGCCUGGGCCUUCCAGAUCGCGCGAGGUAUGGAGUACCUCGCUAGUAGAAAGGUACUGCACGGUGAUCUGGCUGCUCGCAAUGUACUCCUGGCUGAUGAUAACAUCGUCAAGAUAUGUGACUUCGGUCUGGCGCGUAGCAUCUACAAAAAUGACGAAUACCAGAAGAAAGAAAACAGUCCGUUGCCAGUGAAGUGGCUGGCCAUCGAGUGUAUGACGGACCGCAUAUUCUCAACGCAGUCCGACGUUUGGUCUUUCGGCGUGGUGUUGUGGGAGCUGUUCUCACUUGCAAAGACGCCUUAUCCUAACAUCAGCCCUCCAAGUCUGCUGCAGUGGCUCUCUGAAGGACAUCGUUUAGAGAAGCCUAUGUAUGCAGACGAUCGUCUGUAUGAAGUGAUGUUACGAUGCUGGGCUCAGAAACCCACCGCGCGGCCCUCCUUUACACAACUACAAGAGAUACUUGGUGAAUUCCUCGAAGACAAUGUUCGAAAUCAUUAUGUGGAUCUAAAUUCUGCAUACAUCGACAUGAACGUGAAAACGGAGGGACAGGAAGAUUAUUUGGCAAUGGUUUGUGCUCCGGACUACAACAACCUGGUGACUCCGAGUCCGCACCAGUACGUUAAUGACAGCAGAAGUUUCUUCCCGCCUACACCCACCCAAUUACAGCACGAUGAUGAAGGUUACUUACAAAUGAGUCCAGCGACACAACAAACAAUAUUCAGUCCGCGUGCUACGGGUACUAAAUUCGAUUUCGACGCAAGAAAACUGAACCCACGUACUGAAGCGACAACGCACGGUUCCGAACUCACACCAAUGUUGACUCUCAACAACUUGCCAGCCAGAAGUGGUUCAGAGUCCGAUCAUGAUGGUAACUCAUCUCCGUACCUUAACAUGUGUCCGCGUAUUGAAGAAGAGUCUGACGAUGUAUUCGAAACGAAACAAAACCUUAAGAACAUACAAAACAGCGCAGUCAGCAACCCGACAUAUAUAACAUUCGAUGUUGACCUUGAAAAGAAACCGAAGAAUUCAAAUAAUUAUAUAAAUGUACCUAAUGGUCUAGUCAAAUAAACUCCGUAUUUAUUUAUCAGUAGAUUUUUGGUAUACUUUCUAAUCUUUUAUGAUCUCUACCCUUUUCUAUACUUUCUUGCUAUAAUCUCACUCUUA